CUUCGUGCCAGGAAAGGCGCGCCGCUCUGUCACUUCCUGCGGCGCGCUGGCGUCGUCUCCUCCUCCUCCUCCUCCUCCUCUUCGCCUUCUUGGAUUCAUUGCCGGCGUCCCUCAGCCUCGGAGUCGCCUCGGAGAAGGGACGGAGGCCUGAGGGGAGAAGUCGGGCCCGGCGAAGCGGGUGAGGCCCUCAGCAGCUUCUCCUCACGAGAGAACUCAGAGAGAACUGGGACUCCUCCUUCUCCUCAGAGAGAAGUGGGCCUCCUCCUCCUCCUUCUGCUCCCUCCUCCGCUCUGCGGUGAUCGAAGCGAUGCCCGUGAAGAAGAAGCGCAAAUCUUCGGGGCAGGCGGGCGACGAGGCCGGCCUCAAGAAAUGUAAAAUCACCAGCUACUGCAGGUCACAAGCUUCUAGUAAAGUGAUAAGUGGUGAGGAGCAUUUUUCAAGGAAGAAGUGCCUGGCGUGGUUUUAUGAAUAUACAGGUGAGGAUGAAGUAGUUGGACCUGAGGGAAUGGAGAAAUUCUGUGAAGAUAUUGGAGUCGAACCUGAAAAUAUUAUUAUGCUAGUUUUAGCCUGGAAACUGGAGGCUGAAAGCAUGGGAUUCUUUACAAAGGAAGAAUGGUUAAAGGGGAUGACCUCAUUACAAUGUGACUGUACAGAAAAACUGCAGAGUAAAUUUGAUUUUUUGCGGUCACAACUGAAUGACAUUUCAACGUUUAAGAAUAUCUACAGAUAUGCAUUUGAUUUUGCAAGGGAUAAAGACCAGAGAAGUCUUGAUAUUGACACUGCAAAAUCUAUGUUAGCACUUCUACUUGGAAGAACGUGGCCAUUGUUUUCAGUAUUUUACCAAUACUUGGAGCAGUCAAAAUACAGAGUAAUUAACAAAGAUCAGUGGUACAAUGUGUUAGAAUUCAGCAGAACUGUCCAUGCAGAUCUUAGCAACUACGAUGAAGAUGGGGCGUGGCCUGUUCUUCUUGAUGAAUUUGUGGAAUGGCAAAAGGUUCGUCAAGCAUCAUAGCAAGAGCAGCUCUGAAGAAACUACUUGAUCUUGUGAUGCCUACGCUUACAAAAACUGAGUCAAAAUCAAGGGUUGCAUUUACAUCGUUAUGAACUUUAAUAAUUUUUUUCCUUUUAUUUUUAAAGGAAGUCUCAUUACACAUCAAAUGGGCAUUGAACCACAUCUCUUCUAAGACAGAAAAUUUGCGGAUUUUGUCUUAAGAUUCUAUCAUUUCAGAAUAAUAAAAAAUCAGAUUUGUAACAGUCUUAAAAGUGAAGGAUAUCCCUUGAAUAUGAUGGUGGUCUCUAGACACAAAAACCAAAACAUUGUGGAGCGCAUCAGAAGUACCGCAUCUGAAUGGCUGAAUGCUGGAAAUGUAUUAGAAUUGUAGUAGUAUAUGAAUCUGGUAUGGUAGUUUUAAUGGAAUGAUUGUAUUUACGAAGAAUGAUUAACAUUAAGCCUUGGCUGGUAUUCUAUUAAUACCUACCAUCAUUUGUGCCAUAGUUUGCAGCUUCAGGUGGAGGCUUGGCCUUAAUAUUAAUUUUGCUACACUUCCCAUUCAAUGUUUUAUUUUCUGGUAGAAUAUAAAAAAUUGUCUACUCUUGAACUUUUAAAAGUGGCCUAAAUAUUAAAAGGGAAGUAAUUUUAGUGUUUGUAAUGUGUCCUAGACUGAGAACAUUUGAGUAUUAUUCCCCACUUCCUCUCCAAAUUUCAGGAGCUGUUUUUUGUUUUGUUUUUUAAUUCCCCAAUUCCAGGUCCCUGCAUGUCACCCUGGAACUAAAGAAAAGUCAUACUACUUUUACAUGAUCUGUUGCCAUAUAGCAAAAACAUGAAGUGGUGGAAUUGUUGCUAAAAGCAUCAAGAAUCAGGGCAGAUACAGAACGAGGAGGUGCUUAACAAUUGUUUUAUUUUGUUACUUUAGCAUCAUCAAGUAUUGAGUCUUGCAACACACUAAAAAAACCCAACAUGCUACUUUCAUGUGUCUUAAAUGUGCCCAUACACAGGAUUAGCCAUAUAUAGAAGUUUUGAAAUCAACUUUGUGACAUGUGAAGAUAUUAAAUUCAGUAAAAAAAAAUGGCAGUGUU